AUGUCUGGCCCCAAACUGGAGGCUUCCCCGCCUUGUCGGAACUGGUCAUCUUGUCCGGAACUCAACAGGACUCGGGAGCCUUUGGGGAAUCUCUCGCUCUAUGACGAUGAGGAAUUGCUGCGCUACGUGUGGAGAGAAUACUUACACCCCAAAGAAUAUGAAUGGGUUCUGAUCGCUGGCUAUAUCAUCGUAUUCAUCGUGGCGCUCAUUGGCAAUGUCCUGGUUUGUGUUGCAGUGUGGAAGAACCAUCACAUGAGGACUGUCACCAACUACUUCAUUGUCAACCUUUCCCUGGCGGAUGUGCUUGUGACCAUUACUUGCCUUCCAGCAACAUUGGUGGUGGAUAUUACAGAGACUUGGUUCUUUGGACAGUCCCUCUGCAAAGUGAUCCCUUACUUACAGACUGUGUCAGUCUCUGUGUCUGUGCUAACAUUGAGCUGCAUAGCCUUGGAUCGAUGGUAUGCCAUUUGUCACCCUCUGAUGUUUAAGAGCACUGCCAAGAGGGCAAGGAACAGCAUUGUAAUUAUCUGGAUCGUAUCAUGCAUCAUUAUGAUUCCUCAGGCCAUUGUCAUGGAAUGCAGCAACGUGCUCCCAGAUUUAGCCAAUAAAACCACUCUGUUUACAGUAUGUGAUGAACACUGGGGUGGUGAAAUUUAUCCCAAGAUGUACCACACAUGCUUUUUCCUGGUGACAUAUAUGGCACCUUUGUGUCUCAUGGUGUUGGCCUAUUUACAAAUAUUCCGAAAACUAUGGUGCCGCCAGAUCCCUGGGACCUCUUCAGUGGUUCAGAGAAGAUGGAAGCCUCUUUACCCUGCUACUCAGACACGGGGAGGUCCAGGACAGCAGACUAAAUCCCGAAUUAGUGCUGUGACUGCAGAAAUCAAACAAAUUAGAGCCAGGAGGAAAACAGCACGGAUGUUAAUGGUUGUCCUUUUGGUGUUUGCCAUUUGUUAUCUCCCAAUUAGUAUCCUCAACAUGUUAAAGAGGGUAUUUGGGAUGUUUGCCUAUACAGAAGACAGAGAGACUGUGUAUGCCUGGUUUACAUUCUCACACUGGCUUGUCUAUGCCAACAGUGCUGCAAACCCAAUUAUUUAUAACUUUCUCAGUGGAAAGUUUCGGGAGGAAUUUAAAGCAGCAUUUUCUUGUUGUUGCCUUGGAGUUAACCCUCGCCAGGAUGAACGACUUGCCCGGGGACGGACAAGCACAGAGAGUCGGAAAUCCUUGACUACCCAAUUCAGUAGUUUUGAUAAUGUAUCGAAACUUUCAGAACACGUUGUACUGACGAGCAUAAGCACACUCCCAGCAGCAAAUGGAGCUGGACCACUUCACAACUGGUAG